GAGCCAGCGGCUUUGCAGGGACCAGCAGAGCCCGGCCGAGCUGCCCCGGUGGGGGUUCAGCACCAGGAUCCCCAGGAAGGCUCGGAGGGGCUGCAGAUGGAGGUGCCGGGCUGCUCACCCUGCUCGCCAUAGCCGCCGGCAGUGCCACGGGUGACUCAGGGUGACCGACGUGAGCAACGCGCGUUCGCCAGCUCGCCCCGUGUCCCUGAGUCACCGGCCACAGCCUCUGUCAAGUUGUCCCCGUGCGUCACAGCACCCUGGCCGUGUCACUUGUCCCAGCACACCGCCAAUGUCCAGCAGCACCCCGAGCGCACCGCCACCAGAACACCCAAAAGCACCCGGCCAGCGGCGAUCCUCGGUGACCCCGGGGGCUCCCCCCCCGCCCCAAGGUACCUGCUGCAUGGAGGAAGCCACUCACUGCAGCCUCAGCCCUCCCCAUCCCCUGCCCUGGUGACACCGUGGCUCUCUGGGGGCAGUGGCAGUGUGACACCGUGGCUCUCUGGGGGCAGCAUCUGGGGACAGUUCCAUCGCUGCUGCCACAAAGUGCCAAUUUUGGCAGCGCCGUCACCACCCAGCGGCACCUGCAGCUGCGAAACCUGGCACUGAGACGCCAGGUCUGGCCCCUGGGUGACACGGGAUGAGCGUGCCGGCCGACGAGCCGGGCAACCCGGCCCAUGCCAUCUUUGAGAGGUUCCUGCGUGCCGGGGAGUGCCGGGAGGUGCUGGGCUGCUUCCUGGAGCUCUGCCAGCAGCUGGGGCUGCAGGGCAGUGGGCUGCAGCUCUACCACGGCCUCAAGGCUGCCCUCAACUACUGGAAUGCCAAGGCCCUGUGGAGCAAGCUGGAUAAGAAAGCUGGGCACAAGGACUACGACCAGGGCACAGCCUGUGCUGGCACCAAGUGCCUGGUGGUGGGCGCUGGCCCCUGCGGGCUGCGGGCGGCCAUCGAGCUGGCGCUGCUGGGUGCCCGCGUGGUGCUGCUGGAGAAGCGCGACUCCUUCUCCCGCAACAACGUCCUGCACCUCUGGCCCUUCACCAUCCACGACCUGCGCGCGCUGGGCGCCAAGAAGUUCUACGGGCGCUUCUGCACCGGCACGCUGGACCACAUCAGUAUCCGGCAGCUCCAGCUGAUCCUGCUGAAGGUGGCUUUGCUCCUGGGGGUGGAGGUGCACACCAAUGUACGGUUCGAGGGGCUUGUUCCCCCCGCGGGCAAGGCAGGUGGCUGGCAGGCUGUGCUGCAGCCCAGCUCCUCUCCCCUCACCCACUACGAGUUCGACGUCCUCAUCUCAGCUGGCGGUGGCAAAUUUGUCCCUGAAGGGUUCAAGCGGAAGGAGACGCGUGGGAAGUUGGCCAUUGGCAUCACCACCAACUUCAUCAACCGCCACAGCCGGGCCGAGGUGGAGGUGGCUGAGAUCAGCGGCGUGGCCCGGAUCUACAACCAGAAGUUCUUCCAGAACCUCUACAACAAAACGGGCAUUGACCUGGAAAACAUCGUGUACUACAAGGAUGACACUCACUACUUCGUCAUGACGGCCAAGAAGCAGAGCCUGCUCAAGAAGGGGGUCAUCCUCCAGGACAAAGCGGACAUCGAGAGCCUCCUGGCCCCGGACAACGUGAACCGGGAUGCCCUCCUUAGCUAUGCCAAAGAAGCUGCCAACUUCUCCACCAACUACUGCCUGCCCGAACUGGAGUUUGCCCUCAACCACCGGGACCUGCCUGAUGUCGACAUGUUCGACUUCACCUGCAUGACGCGCUCGGAGAACGCGGCGCUGGUGCGGGAGCACAACGGGAGCCGUGUGCUCCUGGGGCUGGUGGGCGACUGCCUGGUGGAGCCCUUCUGGCCGCUGGGCACCGGGGUGGCCAGGGGCUUCCUCGCCGCCUUCGACGCAGCGUGGAUGGUGCGGCGGUGGGCGGCCGGGACACCCCCGCUGGAGGUGCUGGCUGAGAGGGAGAGCAUCUACCAGCGCCUUUCGCAGACAUCCCCGGACAACACCAACAAGAACGUCAGUCAGUACAGCAUCGACCCGGCCACGCGCUACCCCAACAUCAACCUGCAGGCCAUCAAAGCCAGCCAGGUCAAGGACCUCUACCUCGUGGGCAUGGUGGAGGUGGACCACAAGAGGAAGAGCGACAACCGGCUCAGCACGGUGGCCCCUGGAGCUGUCUGCGAAGAGCUGCUGAGCUGGUGCCAGGCCAGCACGGCUGGAUACCCUGGCGUGGCCGUGACCAACUUCAGCACCUCUUGGACCAGCGGCUUGGCCCUCUGUGCCCUCAUCCACCGCUUCCGCCCCGACCUGCUGGACUUUGACUCUGUGGACCCCCAGGAUGCCAUUCAGACCCACCAGAUGGUGCUGGACGUGGCAGAGCAGGAGCUGGGCAUCCAGCCUGUCCUCUCCAGUGCUGAGAUGGCCACCUUGACAGAGCCUGACCGCCUGGACCUCAUCACCUACCUCAGCCACUUCUAUCAAAUUUUUGGGGCCUCUCCAGAGGUGGAGGUCAGCAAGAAGCCACUGUCUCCCCCUGGCACACGAGGGGCCAUCCUCUUCCUCAGCAAGCUGCAGAAGAGCCGGAACCUGGCACACAAACGUACCCAGGACGGUGCCCAGAAGGACAGUGAGGCCAAGAGGAGCCGCAGGGACGCUGAGCUGGACACGGGGCUGGAUGGAGACACUCCGGACAGUGCCCACGAGCUGCCACAAGCCACCGUGAUGGACCCAGGGCAGGUUGGUCCUUGUGUCACCUUGGGAUGGAGCGUCCAGCUCAGGGCAGGGGGGGCACCAGGAGGGCACCAGUGGCUGGCAGGGCCAAGCCAAGGGCUGGGACCAGAGCUGCACAAGCGAACGCCCACAGGUUCCCAGCUCCUCCCUGCCUGUUUCCUGACCCAACUGGUUUUCCGGAGCCAAGAUUGCCACUCCCUCACCCAUCCCGAGCGCCCAGACCCAGCGCUGCGAGAGGGGCAAAGCCCUGCCCGUGCCCCCAUGGCUGCUGGCACAGCCACGGGGCAGGGUGGGUGCCAGUCCCCCGCUGCCACCCCUGCCUGUCCUCUCCCUCCGCAGCCUCCGAGGGACAGGACGGGGGAGAACAGCGACGCCUGCUACUUCUGCGGGCGCCGUGUGUACAUCGUGGAGCGGGCCAGCGCCGAGGGACGCUUCUUCCACCGCGGCUGCUUCCAGUGCCGGCGCUGCGGGGCCACGCUGCGCCUGGGCGACUACGCCUUCGACGAGGAGGAUGGUAAUUUUUACUGCUCGCUGCACUACCCCAAUCCAGCCAGCAUGGAUCUGCCCCGGGAUGAGGCUUCAGCGCUGCCUGAUGGGGAUGCUGAUGCUGCUGCCCACCCGCCCUCAGAUGCUGGAAGGUCGAGUGUGUCCCCCAUGGAGUGGGCACCCAGUCCACCUCAGCCCACCCCAGCAGCCUCACAGGCAGGGGAAGAGCCUGGGGACAUUGAGGACACUGCGGAUACUGGUGACAUGGAGGAGCAGGAGCUGCUGGCACAGCCUGGGGGGGAUGUGAGGGAAGAGGAGGUUCCCAGAGCAGAACCCCAAGGGACAGCAGAGGAGGGUGAGGAGAGCGGGGGCAGGAGGAAGAUCGUCCUUACACCGCUGGAGAAGCUCAGUCUGUCCACGCUGAACCUCACCAGUGAAGCAGAGCCCGAGCCUCCAGUGAAGCCAGCUCGUCUGCGGCUCCCAGCAGCACCCGAGGCCCUCCCUGCCCUGCGGCAGGGACAAGGCGCCUGGGAGGAGGAGGAGGAGGAGGAGAAAAUUGACAUGGAGAAAGAUUUGGAGGACAGUGACAGCGAGGAGGGGGAGGAAGAGGAGGAGGGGAAAGAGGAGGAGCAGGACACAGGCCUUGGCAUCGUGAAAGAGUUGUACCCAGACCCCAGGGAAGAGGAAAAAUUCCCCACCUGGAAGCGUACAUUGGCCCGCCGGGCCAGGGAGUCCCAGAUGAAGAGGUUCUGCAAAGCCCAGGCCAUCCAGAGGCGGCUGGAGGAGAUCGAGGUGACGUUCCGGGAGCUGGAGCAGCAGGGCAUCAAGCUGGAGAAGUUACUCCGGGAUGAGAAUGAGAGCCUGGCUGACCAGCAGACACAGUGGACAAACCAGCUGCUGUACCUGGUCCAGAAGAAGAACAAUCUGAUGAGCGAGGAGUCGGACCUGAUGAUCGCGGUGCAGGAACUGAAGCUGGAGGAGCAGCAGUGUCAGCUUGACGAGAAGCUCCGGAGUUACAUGAACAAGGAGGAUGCCCUGAAGACACCUGAGGAUGAGAAGGCUGAGCAGGACAUCCUGAAGCAGCUGGUGGAGGUGGUGAAUAAGCGGAAUGUCCUCAUCCAGCUGCAGGAGGAGAAGCGGCUCAGUGAGCUGCGGGCUUGACCCGCACGGCCCUGGGGCCACCAGGUCCUCCCCAGGGACCAGCAGAGUGUGAGUGAGUGAGUCCUGGGCUGAGCACCACCCUGAGCUACCUCUGGAGGUGGCAAUGCCCCAGGUGCCAGCAGCUGCUACAGCAAAUCCAGCUCCCUGCUUGCCAAAUCUGUCACGGAGGGGCCAGACCCGCUGGUGGAUGCCCACGCGAGAAGCACUCAGCCUUGGGGGGCUGAGAGGGCAUCCUGUGCAUGGCUGGAGUGCCUUUGCCUUGUGCUGCCUGGAAAACAAGACUCGCAGGGGACUGCAAAAGGGGGCUGUGGUGGCUCCCAGCAGCAAGGAGGGAAUGGCCACCAGAGGCAGAUGCCAUUUGUGCAGGGGCACCUUCAAGAAUGGUCCCUCGAAGCCACCCUGGGACAUCCUUCCCAGCUGAGGGUGUCCAUGCCCGUCUGGACUGUCCAUCUCAAGGGACAUCUGGCUGUACAAGUUGGGGCCAGUGACAGACAGACUGGGCUGGUUCAGCUGCUCUGCACCACUGCUUUUGGAUGCCACGUCCAUGCUGUCCCCAGCUGCUGCAGGAAACCAGGGUCAGAACCCUACCACGAGCCCCCUGAGCCAGGGAAGGGCUUUUUGUCCAGGAGCUCCCAUGGGAAUUGUGCUCAGGACGAGGACAAGGGACACCAGUGGCUGUGCCCUCCUUGCCCCUUUGGGAUUUCUUCUGCUUGGCAAUGCCACGCUGGCCUUAGAUGCCCCUGGAGUCCCUGGCUGUUGCCUCUGUGGCCAAAUGGUGCUCAUGGCAGCCCAGAUGUGUUGGGAUGGGGGUCCCAGGCAUAG